UCGCAGGACAGGCAAAGCUCGGAGCGGUUCUGACUGGAUUUUCAAAGAAUAAAGCGGAAUUCUCAAAAAACACAGAAAAGAUGCAUGCCAGAUUUGCGGAUCCCGAGCCAGCGUCCCCGGACAGCGUGGAUGGAAUCGAAACGGAGUCACUGGAGGCAAGGAUUGAGGCCUUCAAGCAAAAUACCCACAACAUGGCCGCGUUGCGGGAGGCGCUCGACGAUGUGCUCCUGCGGGCUGAGACGGAGGCCAACAGGCGAGCAGUAGAGAGCCAGAAAUCGCAACAGGGCAAGGAAAAACGGCCGAGUUUCGCCAUACCAGAUUUUAAGAACGGCAAGGUGGUGAAUCGCGCCCGAGGAUUCGUGGUGCGGAUCUUCGAUGCUAUAUGCAAUUGUGCCAACAACAAUGCAGCGGCGGCCACGACGCGAUUCAAGCUGAGAAGCAACAGCGGCGGCGGCGGAGGAGGAGGUGGAGGAGCCAGCGGAAAUGGCAAGCGACAGCAGUCCCAGGAUGAGCCAGAAACCCUUGUCCUGACCAAGAAGAAGCUCGCUGGCGAAGGCAAGAAAAAAAAGGGAGUCAGCAUGGCCGAUGACGUUCAAGCCGGCGUUCGACUGAUGGACUAAGCCAGCAAUAAUGGCUAUUAGUUGGCCAUACAGUGGGAAAACAUAAUCAAAAUACCACCAGC